AUGCCAAGUAUGCUGCCAAAAAGGACGGAAAGAAUAAGAAUCCAACAAAAAGAUAAGCAACAACACGGUGCAAAUACUAAGAAAUAUGACUCCACGACUAACUCUGCUAUCGAAACAAUUGCGAGAAAUGCAGUAACUGAAUUAGGUGCAAGCUAUAACAUGUCACUAGAAAAAACAAACGAAAUUAUAGAGAUGGAAGAAGAAGCAGUAGGACCGUUAAAGCUUUCUUUAAAAAAUUCUUUGGGGGAAAUAUCUAAUAUUUUUGGCCAAUACAAUGAUGAUCAACUAGAAGAAAUAUCAAUUCCGGAAGAUGAAUCUUUCAAUGAAGACAUUGUAGCCGCUAGUAGCUCUUAUAAUGAUAUAGACAACAUUGACACUAAUACAACCACAUUUGAUAACACAGAGAACAACAUUGACACUAAUACGACCACAUUUGAUAAUACAGAGAACAACAUUGACACUAAUACAACCACAUUUGAUAACACAGAGAACAACAUUGGUGAAAGGAGAAGAACUAAACGUCGCUAUAGGGAAGCUAUUAAAGGAAUAACUAAGCCAGCCAUCAGGAGACUUGCACACUCUCGUAAUAUAUUGAAAAAAUUCCUCAAAACUGUGAUUAAAGACGUGGUUGUGUAUACAGAACACGCAAAUCGAAGCACAGUCACGCUAUUAGAUGUUGGUAAGUUAUAG